AUGUAUUUAAUUUUAAAAAAUUUACAGUUAGACGCUCCUAGUCCUUGAGGAAUUUAUUUCCAGGACAGUGCUACUCCUCAAAUGGAAGGAUUAGUAGAAUUACAUGAUAAUAUUAUGUAUUACUUAGUAUUGAUUUUAUUUGCAGUAGGAUGAAUUUUAUUUUCUAUAGUUAGAAAUUACGUAGAAACUAAAUCUCCUAUAGCUCAUAAAUAUUUAAAUCAUGGGACUCUUAUCGAAUUAAUUUGAACAAUAACUCCAGCUAUUAUUUUAAUAUUAAUAGCAUUUCCUUCUUUUAAAUUAUUAUAUUUAAUGGAUGAAGUUAAUGACCCUUCAAUGACUAUUACAGUAGAAGGUCAUCAAUGAUAUUGAAGUUACCAAUAUCCAGACUUUAUAGAUUCAAAUGAUGAAUUUAUAGAAUUUGAUUCAUAUAUCGUACCAGAAUCUGACUUAGAAGAAGGUGGAUUAAGAAUGUUAGAAGUUGAUAACAGAGUUAUUGUACCUGAAGAAACACAUAUUAGAUUCGUUAUUACAUCUGGAGACGUUAUACAUUCUUAUGCCGCUCCAGCUUUAGGAAUAAAAUGUGAUGCUUACCCAGGUAGAUUAAACCAAGUUUCUACUUUUAUUAACAGAGAAGGGGUAUUCUAUGGACAAUGUUCAGAAAUUUGUGGAAUUUUACAUUCUUCUAUGCCUAUAGUUAUAGAAAGUGUAGGUUUAGAAAGUUUCUUAUCAUGAUUAUUAUCAGCCUAA